CCAUUCCACAAAAAAAAAAAAAAAAGCCCCCCAAUUUUCUCUCUCUCCCAACAGAAAAACAAAAAACAAGUCCCGUUUCUCUCUCAAACUUCUCUGUAAUCGCUUUAUAUAGAUAACUCUCUCUUUGAAUCAUUAUCAUCAUAAUCAUCAUCAAUCAUCCUUGCGUAUCCCAAUAGUUGAACAUCCUUGGAACAUCCAAUCACUCUUGAAAUUCAAAUAUUCUUUUAAAAUUUUAAUUUAAUUUCUCAGAGUUUUUGAUUUGAUUUUCGAGCGAACAGUUUUUGCUGAGUGGUUUCAUGCCAAGAGAAGAGGAUUUUGAGGAAGAAUACAGAGUUACGAUCUCUAGGUAGAGAAAAUGCCAGAGAUCGUAGAUGAUUCCGGCCAUGUUUUGCCUCCGGCGACGAACCUGUUCGGAAAAUACGAGCUCGGAAAGCUUCUCGGCUAUGGAGCCUUCGCGAAGGUGUAUCACGCUAGGAACGUCAGGACAGGCCAGAGCGUCGCGAUCAAGGCAGUUAGCAAGCAAAAAAUUCUUAAGGGAGGCCUCACGGCGCAUGUUAACCGAGAGAUCUCUAUCAUGCGCCGGCUGCGUCAUCCUCACAUCGUGAGGCUGUUCGAGGUUUUGGCUACGAAGACGAAGAUCUACUUCGUGUUGGAGUUCGCGAAGGGAGGCGAGCUGUUCGCGAAGGUCGCGAAGGGACGGUUUAGCGAAGAUCUCAGCCGUCGGUAUUUCCAGCAGCUGAUCUCCGCCGUAGGAUUCUGCCAUUCUCGCGGCGUCUUUCAUCGCGAUCUGAAGCCGGAGAAUCUCCUCCUCGACGAGAAUUGGGAUCUGAAAGUCACCGAUUUCGGGCUCAGCGCCGUGAAGGAUCAGAUCCGACCCGACGGACUCCUCCACACGCUUUGCGGUACCCCUGCUUACGUGGCACCCGAAAUCCUCGCGAAGCAAGGUUACGAUGGAGCGAAGGUGGAUGUUUGGUCAUGCGGCGUCAUACUCUACGUCCUCAACGUCGGUUACUUACCGUUCAACGAUGCGAAUCUCAUGGUGAUGUACAGAAAAAUCUACAAAGGCGAGUUUCGGUGUCCGAAAUGGAUUUCUCCGGAUCUCAAACGCUUCUUGUCUCGCUUACUCGACACGAAUCCCCAAACUCGCAUCACCGUCGAUGAAAUCGUCGCCGAUCCGUGGUUCAAAAAAGGAUACAAAGAAAUCAAAUUCGAAUCCAAUGAUUUCGAACUCAAAGACCACGACGAGAACGAGAAACGGUUCUUGAACGCUUUCGAUAUAAUCUCGUUCUCCUCCGGUGUUGAUCUGUCUGGUUUGCUCAAUAACCCGGCGGUUCCGACCGGAAGCGAGCGGUUUAUAUCGGCGGCGCCGCCUGAGAAAAUCAUCGGAGAAAUCGAGGCGGUGGCGAAGGCGGAGGGGUUGACGGUGAUGAGGAAGAAGGAUUGGGGAUUGAAGGUGGAAGGGCAAAAUGGUCUUUUCGUGGUGGUGGUGGAGAUUGACCGGUUAACGGAUGAGCUGGUGGUGGUGGAGGUGAAAAGGAGAGAGAGUGAGGUUGGACCUAGCUGUGAAUUCUGGAAAGAUAAACUUAGACCCCAGCUCUUGUCUCUCACCUAUCAACCGGAACGACCAGUUACCGGUAACUAAAAGGUUUGCCUCUUUUAUAUGCCAAUCAUUCUUAAUUAUUUGAUGCACAGUGUGAGGCAUUGUUGUAAAAUUACUUUCUCGGGAAAUCAAAAAAAGUUCGGGAAAAUCUUGAUCAGUGCAGUGUAUAUCAAUUUCCUAUUAUUUGGUGCUAUGUGUGUGAUAUUGAGUUGAAUAAACAUUCUUUAUGAA